GCAGGACGCGCAGCGCGCGGGCGGGCCGCGCAGUGCGCAUGCGCGGGGGCGGGUGCGGUGGCGGGUGCAGCGGGGCCGGUGCUGCGGGGCUGCGCGCGCCAUGUCGGGGCGCUCGGUGCGGGCCGAGACCCGCAGCCGCGCCAAGGAUGACAUCAAGAAGGUGAUGGCAGCCAUCGAGCGCGUCCGCAGAUGGGAAAAGAAGUGGGUGACGGUGGGCGACACGUCCCUGCGGAUAUUCAAGUGGGUGCCAGUGGCGGACAGUAAGGAGAAAGAGAAAUCCAAAUCGAGUAGCAGCACGGCCCGAGAACCCAAUGGAUUCCCAGCUGACACCUCUGCCAACUCCUCCCUCCUUCUGGAGUUCCAAGGUGCUGUCUCUGCAGAUGAGAACAGCAACCAGAGCUCCCUGUCUGAUGUGUACCAGCUCAAGGUGGACAGCAGCCCCAACUCCAGCCCCAGUCCUCAGCAGAGUGAGUCCAUGAGUCCUGCCCACACGUCUGACUUUCGCACGGACGACUCACAGCCUCCCACCCUGGGGCAGGAGACCCUGGAAGAUCCCUCCCUGCCUUCCUCAGAAGUGGCAGAUGAGCCUCCCACUCUCACAAAAGAAGAGCCGGUCCCCCUUGAGACUCAGGUAACUGAAGAGGAGGAGGACUCCGGUGCACCCCCCCUGAAGAGAUUUUGUGCUGACCAGAACUCUGUGUGCCACACGGCCUUGGAGAGCUAACCUGCCUGGCCUGGCACCUUCGUCAGCCCCUUGCAGAGCCACCUGGCCCCCCAGGACCAGCGCUUCCCUCCAGCCUGCCCCUUCCCGAACAGUGUCGGGGCUCCCACCACUCGCAUCAAGUGCACCCUUCCGUUCCCUUCCCUGCCCUGCCCGACAGAUGGGCCCGCUGCCAGUACCUGCAAAUUUGUCUCUAUUUAUUGGCUCCCUCUCUCCCUGCUCCCUGCCCUAGAGCUGGGGGUCUCCACUGGGUGGGCUGCAUGGGUAGGGGGGUUCUCCAUGGGCUCCCUACUCUCCCUGGUCUCCAGGGCACUGGCAGAUGCUGUUUGCCUGCUCGUGGCUCCCGUGCGUGCCCUUCCCCUGGGUGCUGGGAACAGGAGAGCCACCUUCCACCUGCUCCGGGUGAUGUGUCCACUCGGCUGUGGGAGCAGGUGGUGGGGAGUGUGGGGUGCAGUGAGGGGAGGCCGGCAGGGACCCAUUGGGACGCUGUGCAAUAAGCUGCUAGUUUAAGCCAUUCAUACUGGGAGAGAGGGGAGCACUUUCCCCUCCCGGAGGGCAGGUACUGACCAGCCUCAGCUCUGCCGCGGGGCACAACUCCAGCCGAGUGGAAUUUGCAGUCCCUCGGAAGCUGGCAGAGUAUGGGGAGCCGUUGCCCUGUGCUGCACGGCCUAGGUACCCGUUAGCCCCGGGAUGGGGAAGGAAGCGGCAGGGUGCUGGAGCCCCCGGGAAGCGCUCCCGCCUUGGGGCUCUGCUGCCCCCAAUACCUGCUGCCCCUUCCAGCCCCACUCUCCCCUCGCUGCCACUGCAUGUCCCGCCGAGUCCGUGAUCGAGCCUGGUGAAGCUGGAGGCGCGGCUGCGCGUGGAAGUGGAAAGUUAUUUUAGCACUGAAUAGAAUAUUUUUAAAAUUAAACUGUUUGAAAUACA